AUGGCGCUCAUCUGCAAAUGGAUCCAACCUUCUUGUGGACUGACCUUUGGAACUGCUGAGGUAAGCUCUUCCCACUCAUUUAGUCUUGAAAACCACAUGACUGCCUCUAACCUUGUUGCACAAACCCAGGGCUUAUUCAAUCACCUUUGUGAUGUACACGUCGGCAGGAAACGACAUGGAAAUUUGAGCUUGAACUGCAGCUGA